AUGGCAGAGAUCUAAAUCCCUAUUUCACCAAUUCCUAAUUCAAAAAUUUACAUAAACUAAAAUACUAUGAAAAAGAUUAUUCUUGAAAAUAAAGGAAUGUUAAUUAAUCAAACAAAAGGAUUUAGUUCUAUGUUUACAAAUGUGAUUUGUGAUCUCUCAAAUUUAGAAACAUCAACAGAUUCUUCGAGCCUGAAGAAUUUGGCAGGUCCAACAUUUGCUCCUCAUAGGAAAGAUAUAUUUAGAUAUCAUGUUUAAAAACCUUAAAUUAAUUUACAGUUUACAAAUAUUCAAAGAAUACAUAGAAUGCCAUAGGAUAAGAAAAUUAUAAGGACAACAAUAAUGCCAAAAAUAAAACCUGAUGAAAAAGUAGUAGAUUCAGGUUUAUCUUUAUUACCUGUUAAUCCAAUUAGAGAGCAAAGAUCACAUAGUUAUAAAGAAAGACCUUAUUAUAUAGGAAUGUAGCAUAAUCAAAAGAAAAAUAAAGUAAAACUUGAUCCUCCUUAAGAAAUAUUAAGAAAAUCCUUUGAUAUUAAAGUAUCAGCUUCAUUUAAAGAAGAAUGGAAUGAUACAUAAUAAUUUAAUAUAUAAACAAUAAGAUAAGAAAUUGAGAAAGCUCUUGAAAAAUGUUCUCCUAAAAAAUAAAAUCAAUAGUUUUUGGAACCUGAAAUUAUACAAUGGAAACAAAAUCCAAGUUAUAUGUUUAUUGAAGAUGAUAGAGAUAGAUUUGGAAAAUAAAUUUAUCCUAUAAUUAUGGCCUAACCAAAACCUGGUCCUGGUUCAUAUAAUACUGAUAACACUUCUUUAAAUUUUAAGGUUAAUAAAAUUCUAGAGAGAAAUACUUAGAAAAGACUUUUCUAACUAUCGUAAUAAUAAUUUUGA